AGAUGAACGAAUUGAUCGCACUUCUUCCAUUAAGAAAAGAGAUGAACAAAUUAGUCGCACUUUUCCCAUUAACCAAAAAUACGCUAGCAGCUCAUCUUUGGUGAAAAAGGCUGGUAUUUGUCCAAUUGGUACUUAUGCAACUUAUGCAUGUACUGAUAGCGAAGGAGGAUGUUGCCCUACCGGUCAAUGUUGCGAACCUAACUUCACAUGCGGUUUAGUAUUGGUGUAA